GUUUGGCGCAGUGCACUCUGGGACAGUGUGUAAACUGCGCGUAGCCAAAUUCGGCGCUCAGUGGCGUUUCCAGUCGGAAUCGCUGAUUUACCUUUUUUUGCUUUUUUUCUGCAAGUUUGUGCACUUUCUCAGUUGAACGGACAGGAGUGAAUAGAGACCGCGGAAGCGGAGGACGAUGUACAAUGGGAUUGGACUGGCCACCCCGCGUGGUAGCGGGACAAAUGGCUAUGUCCAGCGCAACUUGUCAUCUCUGCGUCCUAAACGCAGCCGCCAGGACACACGUGCCAGUGAGGACCUGGAGAAGCUGGAAUCGCUGCUCAUCCGUGCUCCCAACCGGGACAUUCUGGAGCAUGAGCGGAAGAGGAAGGUGGAAUUGAAAUGUGCAGAACUUCAGGACAUGAUGGAGGAGCAGGGGUACUCGCCUGAAGAGAUUGAAGAGAAGGUUGCCACCUUCCGCCUCAUGCUUCAGGAAAAGGAGGAACCACUGGUGGAAGAGCCAGCACCCGGAGAGAGACCAACGGCAACUGAAACCCAUCAGAUGGCAGCAGCCAACCAAGUGAAGAAUGAUCGUCUGCGAGAGGCCUUCGGAAUUGGGCAGGACUAUGUGGAUGGGAGCUCAUUUGAUCCUGCUCGCCGUGCACGGGAACGAGAGAAAAGGGAAGAGGAGAAGAGCAAGCAGUAUAGCAUUAUCCCAGAAGAGUCGGAGAGUUCUCCGUCACCCGAACGCUCCAAGAAAAAGAAGGGAUCUGGAGAGAGGAAGGGCAAAGACAGCUCCGAGAGCUGCUCUCCGUCCCCCAGGAAGUCAAAAAAGACAUCCAGAAAAAAAAAGAAACAAAGAUCAAGUUCUGAGCACAAGCACAAAAAGCACAGGUCUCGCAGCCAGAGUACCAAGAAACGAUCAAAAGAUGAGAAAGAGAAAAAGAAGAGAGGACGCAGUGAGUCACCAGCAUCAUCCAAGCAGCACAGAAGGAGGAAGAGGAGGAGCAGCUCCUCCUCAAGUAGUUCCUCCUCCUCCUCAUCCUCUUCCUCCUCUUCUUCUUCCUCGUCAUCCUCUUCCCAUCACAGCAAGUCUCCAGCAAGGUUAGAAGAAAAAAGAAGCCGGCAAUCAGUUUCACCCCAGCGAGGCAGAAAGGCAAGGAACCAUGAGAAUGGUAGCCCUGCUGCUUCAGACAGCAGAGAGGCUUCUCCAGACAGGAGAGAUCGCAGAGGCAUCAAGGAUAAUGCAAAACAUAAAACUGGGUCUCCCUCAAUAAGAAGUGGCAGAAAUGAAAGAGGAGACCAAAAAGCUGGGUCUCCAAAUCACAGGAGAGGCACCCCAGAGCGAGAUUCAAGAGCAUCCCGAGGUGGUUAUUCUGAAAAGAGUUCACUGAGACAUGAUAGAGGCAGCUCACCAAAAUACAGGAGAGGAAAUUCUACAGAGAAAAGAGAAAGAUCCCCUCGUAACAGAAGGGGCUCUCCAGUAAGGUCCAAUCGUCGAUCAGCAGAAAGGUCUACUCGAGGAGAUAGGAGAGGGUCCCCAGAAAGGUCUGCGAGAAGGGCAUCCCCUGAAAGGUCCACCCGGGGCGACAGGAGAGGCUCCCCAGAAAGGUCCACCCGGGGCGACAGGAGAGGCUCCCUGGAAAGGUCCACCCGGGGCGACAGGAGAGGCUCCCCAGAGAGAUUCACCCGAGGCGACAGGAGAGGCUCCCCAGAGAGGUCCACUCGGGGCGACAGGAGGGGCACACCAGAGAGGUCCACUCGAGGCAACAGGAGGAGCUCCCCCCGGGGCGACAGGAGGGGCUCCCCGGAAAGGUCAACCCGGGGUGAAAGGAGGGGCUCACAGGAGAGAACAUAUAGAAGAGAUCGAAGUGGUUCACGUGACAGUGAUAGGAAAAGUUCUCCAGAAAAAACUCGCAGAGCAAACAGACAAGACUCACCUGGAAGAUCUGACAGGAUAAGCUCCCUAGACAGGUCCAACAGAGCAACAAGAAAUGAAAAGAGGAGCUCAGCUGAACGGGAGAGAGGCGAUAGGGUUUCGCCAGGGAAAUCAGGGGUGAAAGAGAAACUGGGCAUGCCUGAUAGAGAUGUGAAGAAAUCAUCUUUGGAAAGGACUGACAGAAAGUGUGGAUAUGAUGGCUCUCCUCACUUAUCAGACAAAUGUUUGGAUCAAGAGAAAAGACGAUCUUCUGUUUCUUCUCCUUCACCGUCUCGAUCACCUAAAACAAGUGACAGAUCACCAGUUCACAAUAAAAUGGUAGAUAAUGCAAGUUCAGUUCUUGUUAAAGAGAAAGAUGAACAAGUGGCACAGACUAACAGCCCUUCUGAAGAAGUUAGUUCCUAUUCACUUCCAGAAAUUUCAAGUACUGCUUCCAGAAACUCUGAACCAUUGGAAGAGGGUGAGAUUGGGGCAGAUGAGGAGAUGGAGCAAGAAGAGCCAACAAGCACUACAGCUGGAGUUGGAAAGCCUCUUGGUGCUACUCCAGACCUGAAUGGUCACAAGCAAGAAAACCAGGAGAAUGCUUGUCAGUCUGCAGCAGAUGGUAAAGAAAAUGGUGACACCUUCAGCAGUGUUUCCAAAUGGAGUAAUUCCAAGAGCCCAGAGGCCCAAAGCACUGUGAACACAGCAACUGAAAUGGCAGCUGAACAUGCUGCAGAUGUAACGGUUGAAAAUGGCAGCUUGGCACACAUGCAGGAUAGAGAUUCAGAAAAAGUUGCUAAAGUGGAGGUGAACAGCACCAAGAAGAAAAGUGGCAGCUCAUCCUCCAGCUCCAGUGGGAGCUCCUCAAGUUCCAGUGGCAGUUCCUCCUCUUCCUCUGACUCUUCUAGUGAGAGCAGUAGUUCCUCAUCAAACUCGUCCUCUGACGAUGACUCCUCCUCUUCAUCUGAUUCUGAAGGUGACUCCUCAUCAUCCUCUUCCUCCUCCUCCUCCUCUUCAUCCUCUGCUACAGAGAAGAAAAAGAAGGUAGCAAAGAAAAAAAACAGUAGUGAUUCAGCUGGUGACAAAAAAGGUUUACUGCUUACAUCUCCGGACCAAGCAGAUGCAUACAAAACAGUACAAAGAAAAGAUGAUGAGCAGAGCAAGGUAGUGCAUCCCAAUGUAGAACAGAAUGUUAAAGCAUCAGAUGAGACUCUUGUUGAUUCUACCUGUGUCCUGGCACAAAAAUGGGAGGUGCCUCUACCUGCUGCAGUUGACCCAACACGGAGCAAAGAAGAUGGUGUGGCCAUUGGUACAUCUCAUGUCCAGACUGUUUCACAGUCAGUAAGAACUGAUAAAGAUCAGUGUUUAGUGAGUAAGAGUUCCCCAUUAGAUCCAGAGAGAAUGAGUAAGAUCUUACCAGCAGAGCUUGAGAAGACAUUACCAAAUGUGUCUAAUUCUGUAUCCCCAAAGCAAAAAGCUCCUUCUCCCACGAGUUCAGCAUACUCCUCUGAUGAAGAAACCAACUGCAUACCGUUGGAGAGCAUUGCUGGUGGACAAAGAGAGGGUGCUUCUAGACCGAGCACAAGAUAUUCUCCUUCAAGAAGAUCAGAUUCUUCAUCAUCUCCUCCAGCUGCAGACAGGAGUGAGUCUCUCACAAAAGAUAGAAAUGUGCUUGAUACAAGAUGGGAUAGUUCAGCUAGUACUCAUAAGGCUACAUCUGCUUCCAGAUCUGGUGAGCGAUACUCCCCCACUCAGCACAGUACCACCUCCUCCUCCUCUUCUUCUCCAUCUCCGUUGAGGGAAAGGAGCCAGGUUCCUUCAGACAACCAUAGCAGAAGCUCACUUAGUAGCAGGGGGAAACAGUCCCCUAAAACGGUUCCAAGAUCCAAUGAAAAGUACUCUCCAACAAUGAGGGAAGACAGUGAUUCUUCACCCUCACCAGUGAGAGAGAGAAGCCAGAUAUUGGCAGCAAAACAUAACUGGAGCAGUGCUGGAACACAAGGAAGGCAGUCUCCAAAGCAGAUUCCAAGGGCAAGUGACAGGUUCUCACCAGCUAAGCAAAGCAUUACCUCCCAUUCUCCUUUGAGAGAGCGAGGCCAGCCGCAGCCGCCUUUGGGUCGUGGAAGGCAGUCUCCAAAGUCAGUCCCCAGAGUAAGUGAGAGGUACUCCCCAGCUAAGCCAACUGGCACAUCUUCCUCUCGGUCUCCUGUUAGAGAGAGGAGCCAUCCAUCUUCAGACAGGAGCACAUUGAGUGCUCGAGCAAACCAGUCCCCAAAGGUAGCCAUGAGGCCAAAUGAGCGGUAUUCCCCAAGUAGGGAGGUGAGUACUUCCUUCUGCCGGUCACCUGUAAGGGAGCGAAGCCAUACAUCCUCAGACCGAAGUACAAUUAGCACCAAAGGUAGACAGUCCCCUACAUCAUACUUAAGACCAAACGAAAGACAGUCGCCAAAUAGACAUAGGUCAGCUUCAUCUCGGUCCCCAGCUGGAGAAAGAAGUCGCACAUCUUCUGACAGGAGCACAGUGAAUAUUCGAGGGAGGCAGUCUCCAAAAGCAUAUCCAAGAUCAAGUGAAAGGCACUCCCCAGCUCAAAAGAGAAAGGCUGCUGCUGCUUCUCCUUCUGUCUCUCCUCCCAGAGAGAGGAAUCCGCCAUCUUCAGGCAGCUGGGAAAGGUACACACCAAGUGAUCAUGGAAGGCAGCCCCAAAAAGCAGCCUCAAGACCUAGUGAAAAAUAUUCUCCAACUGCAAGGGACAGUGAUUCCUCACCUUCUCCUAUUAGAGAUAAAGGCAGUCUCCCAAUGGAGAAGUAUGACAGGAGUAGUGCAGGGUCCCAAGGAAAGCAUACCACAAAGAACAUACUAAGGCAAAGUGAAAAGUACUCUCCAACUAGAAGAGACAGUGAUUCGUCCCCUACUCCAGAAAGAAGGCAUUCAUCCCCAGAAAGCUAUGGCAGAGGUUCUGCAACUGCCAGAAGAAGACCGUCCCCUAAAAGCAUUAGCAAAACCAGUGAAAGACGAUCACCAAAUAAGCAAAGAGCUGUUUCACGGUCUCCUGUGAGAGAGAAGGGCCAUCACUCUUCAGACAGCCAAGACAGAAGCACAGCAAAUCCCAGAGGAAGGCAGUCUCCUAAAACAGGCUUUAGACCAAGUGAGACGUAUUCACCAACAAUGAGGGAUAGUGAUUCUUCUGCUUCACCAGUUCGAGACUGGCAUAAAACAACUACCAGUUUGCAUGGUAAUGAGGAAAAAAGAGUCUCGUCUGCAACUCGAACUUCUCGCUCAUCAAGACAUCAUGAUUCCUCUCCUGUGAGAGCUUCCACUUUAAGCACAGCAACCAGAGGAAGGAGCAAAUCGCCCCAGAAGCAGCCAGCCAUCCGCAGGGAGGAUACCCCACCGAGAACUAAGGAAACCCAGCGAUACUCUCCUACGUCCAAGUGUAGUAGCUCCUCUUCCUCCUCUGCUUCUCCUACUAGAGAGAUGACAAAGAACUCUUCUGAAGCAUCGAGGAAUAGAAAGUCACCCUUGAAUGUACAUACCAAGUCAAGAGGCCGUUACUUGGCUGACGCAAGGGAUGCUGAAUCUCCCUCACCGUCACCAGAACGUGGGAAAAGUCUAACGCCUCCAACUUCCAAAUCGCAGCCCAUCAGGAGAUCUCCAGUUGACUCUCCUAGCUCUCGUAGAACCAGUAGUCGGUACUCUCCAGUAGCAACAGGAAGAGAUUCUUUUCACCCAUCUUCCCCUGCUCGAGGAGAAGGUCGAUGGAAAUCUGCAGAUAAUGAUCUGGAUGGAAGAAGGGAGAGAUCACCUCUUCGAAAGUAUGAAGUUUCUCAUUCUAGGAGACAGGAGGAUCGUUCCGCAUCACCAAGAAGAACCAGAUCAACACUAUCUCCUGCAACAUACCGGGACAAGUCACCUGUGAAAGGGCAGAGCAGGAAACCGCCAUGCCACUCUGAUGAGGCAUACCCUGACCCACCCAGAAGCUACAGUACUGCAAUUCGAAGAGAACGAUCACCACUCCCGGGAGUGUCUGAAUCCUUUUCCAGAAGGCAUGCUGCUUCGUCUCCAUCACCAGAUAGAGAGAGGACUAGGUCUCCUCCAGUCCAGUACAAACCCAGCAACUCUUCUGCAAUCAGGAGGGAAUGUUCCCCCCCAGCAAGUGGAAGACGUAGGGAGACUUCACCAUUUAAAAGAAGCAGGAGGUCACGGUCUUUCUCUCAGUCCCCUGUUAGGGAAAGGAAUCGUGCCUCACCUAGGACUCAUAGCUAUUAUUCAUCUUCCUCCUCAAGGAGAGAUUCAGUACCAUCCAAGUUGUCACCAUCUAGGCGGAAACCGUACGAGUCCUCACCCUCCAGAAGAGCCAGACAGCCUUCUCCACAGAGGCCACGCAAUAGGAGCCGGUCUCCUGCUUCUCCAGUCUACUCCAGGAGGAAGGCAGAGUCCCCAAUAAUACGGAGGGAGAGAAGCAGUGGCAAUCGGAACUACUCCCCUUCCUCAUAUACUCGGAGAGGUGACCGAGAAAGGAGGCGUGAUUCACCUCCACCUAGAGUUGCACGCAGGAGGAGUCCUUCACUUUCGAGGUCUAGAUCUCAGUCUCCAAUUGCUUCAAGAAGGCAACCCAUGUCACCCAGAGGCAGAAGCCCAGCCAACAGCCAUCAAAGGACCACCUCCUCUUCAAGAAGCUCAGCUUCAAAGAGAAGCCACUCACAGUCUAGGAACCAGACCAGACCUACACAAGAACAGAGCAGAAGAUCCCCCGAGAGGGCGGUUGGGAAAGAUGCACCAUCUUGGAGGCGGAACAGGAGCAGAGAGCAAGAGGCAUCACCGAAGAAGCCUGCGGAAAAGUUAACCACCUCUGCCGUACAGGCAGCAAGAGUCGGACGACCCUUGGAGCGGAAGUCACGAUCUUCAUCGUCCUCUUCAUCCUCUUCCUCCUCCUCUUCCUCCUCCUCUUCAUCAUCUUCUAGUUCGUCAUCGUCAUCAUCUGCAGGUUCCCCUUCUCCAAAACGCAUAGCUCUUGAAAGCGGGUCUACCAAACCAAAGGUUACCCAAAGAAGCAGGUCUAGAUCUACACCUUCACAAGCAGAGAGCAGAAAGGUACAAACCUCCUGUUCUCCGACACGUUCUGCAGCCAAGAGAGGGGACAACAGAUCUCGUUCCAGAUCCAGAAGUUUGUCAAGGGAGGUACAGUCAACAUCCAAGCCUCACAAAGUCACAGCCAAACAGACUGCUAUGUCAAACUUGCCAGAGGCAAAACAGUUGGAUUCUCGAAGUCCUAGGAGCACCAGGCAAAAGAGUAGUCCGCCCCUUUCUCCCUCACCCUCUAGAUCACAUUCAAGAACUCCCACCAGAUUUAGAGGACAGACUACAGUACCCUCCCCUCCAGCACAUGGCAGUUCAUCUCGUUCUACAUCAAAGACCCCCAGUGUUUCACAGAUGGUACCACAUAGCCACUCGCGAUCACCUGAUAAGAGAGCUUCCAGCUCCAGAUCAGUCACUCCACGAUCAGGCCAAGUUCAGCGGGGCUUAGAAAGAGGAGACCAGGCUAAGUUGCAUUUCACAUCCCCUAAAAAAGCCUCUAAAAGUGAGACAAGUUGUAGACCGCCCUCUCAGAACCAGAACUUGGGAUCUAGAUCUCCUAGAGACUGUAGCCAUUCUAAAUCACCUGAGAGAAGUGAAAACAGCAAACAGCGUGGUUCCAAGAUUAGUCCAAGUCCCAAGGGCCAAGUACCUUUGAACUUGUCACCUAGCAGUGGAAAAAUUCCACCACAGACCCGCUCUCGAUCAGCAUCACGUUCCAGGAAUGUUGCGCAUGAAAAGGAGCUUGAGUCAAAAGAUGGGACGCACAAAGAUGACAACCAGCUAACCAAGACCCAGAGGAAACGCAGCGAGUCGUCAUCUUCGUCAUCAUCCUCGUCCUCCUCCUCAUCCUCCUCAAGUUCCGAUUCCAGCACCAGCAAGACCAGCCCACAGACUACAGCGGUAGCCAUCCAUCGGUAUGAAGAGGGACGUAAGCAGAGAUCAUCCUCGUCAUCAUCUUCAGAUUCUUCUUCAUCGUCAUCCUCAUCCUCCUCCUCGUCCUCUUCUUCCUCAUCUUCUGAGAGCGAAGAACCCACCGUGCCUCCGGCUAAUGAAAGCCAAAAAAAAAGCCCAAGGAAACCUGCAGAUUCUUUACGAGAUUCACGGUCUCUUAGCUACUCUCCACCUUCGCAUCGAAAACGGCCUAUACCCGUUAUAGCACCGUUCAGAGAUCAGAGGUCACCAAGCCGCUCUCCCAGCAGGAAGAGGCGGAGAGACUCCUCAGAACGCAGGCAUAUGGACAGGAGGCAGAGGUCUCCCUAAAGAAAGCUGACCUCAAAGUGUCCAUCUUCUCAGAUUUUCGUAAGCCCCGCCCACUUAUCCACACCUCCCUCGAUGGUCGCCAGCUCUGCCAGAAAAAAAAAAAAAAAGACUCCUGUGAAUCUGCCAGGCACACUGAUGGACAGAUUGAAAACAGAACAGUUAAACUUAUUUUAUUGGAAUUCUUGUGUUUUUGAUAAAAAUGUGAACUUUUUUCCUUUAAUUCUAUUAUGAACUGGCAAAAGGUUGUCAUGGAGCUGGCAAUCAAGAUCAUAUAGGAAAAUAUCAAUUUGCCAAAGCCAGGCCAUCUUUACUUGGCAUACGCUGUAUAAUGAACACUGCAAUUUGUCGGGUUUCAAGGCAGGUUAAUUUAUUGCAGGUUUUUUUUUUUUGGUGGGGGGAGCACAGGGGCUGGGGGGGGGGGGGUGGGUGCAUCUAAUUUUCUGGAUUCUCCCAGAUUGUGCCCUCUGUGUGGGUUUGGUCCCUCACAUAAAAAUAUCGGGUCAUAAGCAUGUUGCUUUCUUUUUUGUUUUUGUUUUUUUUUUGUUUUGUCCUCACCUUACAUCACAGAGAUGUAACAACUUUAACAAAGGUUAUGGGGUGGGAAGUUUGAGAGAGAGAGAAUGUGAAUCAAGUUUGGUGUUAGAAUUACCUGACUGUUUAGUGAGCCCGGAUGGCAUGUGAUGAGAUUUCCAGUUAAUGGGCAGUCAAUGCGCCAAAGUUGACUUCCUCCAAGGCGCAAAAUGAGAAUAUAUGUCUGAUCUGUAAAGGGACAGAGGAACUGACCAACAACUAAGAUCACGGGCGGGGAAAGGGAUGGGGUGUUGGGCAGGUGGGAACAGCGUGUGAAUGUCGUUCUUUUUUUUUUUUGUUGUGGCUAAGAGGAGGAGAUGCUUGGGGGUCUCUUCUAAAAAAUUUUUUUUUUUUUUUUUUUUUUGGGGCCUCAUGCUGUUCCUUCGUUACAGAUGUACAAUUUGCAUUCUGAUGCCGACUUUGCAUUACUUGUAUGUCAUUUAUUUUUAUUACUUCCCCCUGUUGGUUCGUCGCCCUCUUGCUCCACCUGCAAGUCUAAUUCUGCUGUUCCUUCGAAUGGUUUCAAACAGACUUUUGUUUUUCUUUUUUUUUUUGUCAUGUUAGGGUUUUUUUUUCUGUUUUGUUUUUUUGUUUGUUUUUGUUUUUGUUUUUUUUGUUUUUUCUUUUGGGCUCUUUCCAAAAUAAACGUGAAGCAUCUUUUGAGAAAGUUGA